UGGAGCCUAGCAGCAUCCUGCUGCCUCUGCAGGGAUCCUCUUGGGCAGCGGAGAGUUUUCCCCACCCCCAGCUCUGCCGCUGCCUCUUUGUUUUCUGGCAGAAGCCUCUGUGCCUUUUCAUUGCCGUUGAGGCGCCGAGCAGGAGCCUACAUGUGCCGCGUGUGCGUCUCGCCGGGAAUGUGAUGCGGGCUGGGAAUCCUGCCGGGCCAGGCAAAUCCCCUGCAGGGCAGCGGAGGCCAAACAGCAGCUCCAGGGGUCUCCAUCCCAUGGACCGUCCCUCCGGUCGAGCAAGGCUUCGAGGCAGCUGCUCUCCCUCCCAAAACCCUCUUUUGCAUUGACAGCGCUUCUGCACCUUGCCACAAGUCGAGCUAUUGUCAGCAUCGCCGUGUGCAAGCCAGGCACCUGGGAAAGGUGUGCGGAGGUGAUCCGUGCCAGGACGAGGCGCGUCAGAGGGAAGGGGCUGCAGCCCGGCAUGUGCUACUGCUGCUGCAUUGCCCAGCCAGGAACCCAUCCUCACUCGCCAUCCUGCUCUGGAGCCUCCAGACUGAGACCAUGGUCUGUUAAUCCUGGUUUCCCCCUGGAUGUGCUAAUGGGAAUGGAACCAGCAGGCAUCAAAGCUGCAGUGCCCGUGGAUUAUGACCACAGGGGAGCUGUGUUGCAUCUGCAAAUCUCUGUUGUGCAUCAAGGGCACAUCUGAACAGAGCCACUGUGGACACUGAAGAGCUGGAGAGGACGUUGCAGAGGUUCGGAGGCACACCGUGAUGGUGGGAGCCAUUCCACGGCAGCCACGCCGCUUCUGGGGGGUGCCUGAGUGGCAGGCGUCUUCAGCGAGCUGUGCCAACGACCGCCUGCUGCGGGGCACGUGGGCUAAUCCGGACACAAGCAGGGAUGCCAUGCUGCAGAGCACCUCAUAGUAGAGGGCUCACACAGAGAUCGUGAGUGAGAGGGGGCCCAGCUUCCACCCCCUGCCCUUGCACCCUAACCUGUGGCACUUUACAGUCCCCCUCCUGCUGCUGCAUGGGCUCUGCUCGGAGUCCCAGCAAGUGAGGCUCCAUGCGGCACAUCCACACAGAGACGUCUCUGCCCCCGGAGCGCAGCACAGAGCCCAGCCUGUCCCGGCCCAGGGGAGAGACACCCUUGGAGCCUUCCUCACAGUGCUGCACCCACCGCAGCAUCCUCAUGGGCUACAAUGAGACAGAGAUCAAGCGCCAGAAGGUUUACCAGGUGUCCAUCUUCUCCCAUCUCUCCAGCUCCUCUGAGAGCAUGGAGCAGCGGGCAGGCACCCGGCCAGCUGUCAAGAGGGGAUACCCUGAGCAGAGAACUCUGGAGGGGGGGCGAGAUCCCAAACGAACUCACUGGGGUGACAGGGGGGUGGAUGGGGGCCCUGGGCAGCCUUCCCUGGAUGAUGACGAUACCUUUGAGGAUGGUCUGCUGGUGGAGGAGCUCUCCCUUUGUGGCUCUGCCCAGCACUUCUCCCACAGUGGGCUGCGGGUGGUGGAGCACCGCUGUGAGGGCAGCCCUAGCCACAGCCCCAAGGCCAGCAGAGAGGACAAGUCGCAGGAUGUCUCCUUCUCCUCUUUCUCCUCCUCCUCCUCUUCCUCCUCCUCCUCCUGGCCCCAGCACAUUGCUUGCAGUACUUUGCACAUGAGAGACAGUUGCCCUGUCUCAUCAGGGGAUCAGCCCAUAGACUAUGGAGAGAAUGGGGAGCCGGCAAGUGGCCACAAUGUACUUCACCUUGACUUGCACAGUAUUGCACAAACAACCCAGUUGGACCCUGGUGGGAAGAGAGACAAGCCAGGGAGCAGCCCAGCUCACAGCAGCAGGGCUGGUGAAGCGGAAGGGCCAGCAGUGGCCAAUGGGUGCAGGGAGUCCCCAGUUCCGCAGACAGCGCUCAGCCCUGAGCCCAGCAGCCUGAGCUCCCAGGAGAUGACACCCUGUGGGAGCAGCCAGCUCAGCAGCACCUGCCCAGCCAAAAGGAAGUUGCUGCCUGCUGGUGAGGUUAUGGCCGACUCCUGCUCUGAGGAUGAGAGCCUGUCCCCACCAGCAAGGAAGAAGAGGGUCCUGCCAUGCCAUCCUGUGCCCACAGCCUGCCGCAGCACUGAUGCCAAGGGAGCUCCAUUCUGGAAUCACCUGCUUCCUGCAGCCAAGAGCUCUUCGGAUUGCACUGCGCUGGGAAAGAAGGGUUACAGUGUCCCCAAAGCUGGAACCAUCCAAGUGACCUUAUUUAACCCCAACAAGACUGUGGUGAAGAUGUUCUUGGUGACGUACGACUUCCAGGACAUGCCAGCCAACCACAUGACCUUCCUACGCCAUCGCAUCUUCCUGGUGCCCGUGGGGGAGGAAGAGGGGUGCACAGUGGCCCCCAGUGACCCACUGGGCACCAACCCACCCCGCAGGGUCCUCUGCUACCUGAUGCAUCUAAGGUUUCACAGCUCCAAGUCAGGGAAGAUCUACCUUCAUGACGACAUUCGGCUGCUUUUCUCGCGCAAGUCGAUCGAGGUGGAUUCGGGGAUCCCCUAUGAACUGAAAUCCUUCACAGAGAUGCCGCGGAACCCCUGCUACUCACCCCGGGCCUGACCUUCUUCACUCCCCGCUCCCCAGGGCCACUGGGGAGCCUCCAGCCCAGCAGGUUGGGGAGAGAUGAGUAAAGGGCCAGCAAGCACUGCUUUGAGAUAUCACCCACCCCUCCUGACCAGCACGGACACCACGCUCUGCAGCAGGGCCGGGAUCACCCAGGGGCCUUCACCAAGAGGGGCAGGGGCUGAGGAACAGCCCUGGCACCCCAGGGACAUGUCCAAGCCUUCUGCUGGCACUGCUCCCAGCUUGGAGACUUGGCUGUGGCUGAGGUGGGUGGGUGUGGAGUGAAGAGUUGGACUGGAGUUGUGAGCAAGACCACCCACACUGGUCUCGGGUCUGGAAGCAGAAAGCGUGGAAGAGUUUGUAUUUAUUAGUAUUUAUUGUUGCUGGGAGCGCAGAGGAGGCUCGUGCAGAGCAUCAGAGGUGCUGUGCUUGUUCUUCCCCUCAGCCCUGCCUGCACCAUGCUGCCUGUGUUCGGGCAGGGCUGUGGGGACUAUGAGGCCUCAGCCCAUGGAAGGGGGAGUGACCCAGUGCUCACACAGGGUGCAGCUCCCAGAUCAGGGGUCUAUUAAAAGCCCAGUGACAGGCUGAGCCUCGCUGGCACCAGCUUUGCAGGGCCAGCCCAACUCCAAGCAGCUUGGAGAGGCUUGCCCUUAUCUUCUCAGACUUUUAGGGUAAGCCAGACCCCAAGAGACCUAAGGCUGUCAAGGAAGUGGCCACUGCCAGGUUCCUGAAGGUAAGAGACACAGCUGCCACGUGGAUGGGGACCUGGAGCUCUUUGCAGGAAUAUGGGGAUAGCCCUUUGGGCAAGAGCCUCCAGAGCACGUGAGCUGUGAAUCUGAGAAGAUUGCCAAAAAAAAAAAAAGGAACUUUGCACUGUCUGUGGCUGGGGGUGAAUCCCAUGCAGGAGGCAGCUUUGGGCAGGGUCUGCCGGCAGGGUGAUUGGGGGCUGGAGGAUGGUCAGGAGCCCCAGCUUAGAAAAAUAGGGAAAUGGGGAAGCAACAGAGGAAAUCAAACUCUGGGAGUUGGGUUGGUUCCUCAGGAACAGGACUGGGAGAAUCCAGACUGGGGCAGUCAGAGGGACAGGGCCAAUGGUAAAACAAGCUUGCACAUUCCCUGUCUGUAUCACCUCCCUGCCCUCUGAGGGUCUCGGCAAGGCUCCCCUGCCAGCCCAGGCUGUGGGGACCCUCAGCCCCUCCGUCAGAGAGAACAAGAGGGCGGCAGGCCCGACCCCAUCAACUCAUAGCCCUGGGGCUGAGACUCAGUGUGGGGAUGGGCCAGGACAGGGGGCUGCCCGGGGGCGGCCGAGGGGCUCCGGCCCUGCUGCUCUGGGGUCAGGAAGCCUGAACCUGCCCAUAUACCCACAGUGGGGCCUGAACACCGGGGGUUGCUCCCCCCAAACCGUGCAUCUGAAUCCCCCAAACAGCGGGCGCCGCUCCCCCACUGCCCUGGCCAGCGGCUCUCGGGGGCCGCCAUGACACCGGAGUCCCCCUCGCCCCAGGUCACCGGGGCUGCCCCUCUCGCCGUGGCCCUGCGGGCUCGCGAAGGCCGUGCCGGUACUUUUCGUGUUCGUUUCUAAUUUAAUAAACGUCCGU